AUGUCGGCCAAGGGUCCAUACUCUAUCGAAGUCCCCGGCGCCGAGCCAGUCGAGGGUGAGACAAUUCCUCGCCGCCUCCCUGCCGCAAAGGACGGUCUAAUCUCGAAGCCUGUCGAGAACAUCUCUACCGUAUACGAGCUCGUGCGCGUCAGCGCAGAGAAGUUUGGCAAUGCAAAGGCCAUGGGCUCGCGUCGUCUGGUGCGGACUCACCAAGAAACCAAGAAGGUGAAGAAGAUCAUCGAUGGCCAGGAACAGCAAGUCGACAAGAACUGGACCUUCUUCGAGCUCAGUCCCUACGAGUACAUUACAUAUCACGAGUACGAGAGGCUAGUCCUGGACAUUGGUUCCGGUCUGCGGAAAUUGGGCAUGGAGAAGGACGAUCGCGUUCACAUCUUCGCCGCCACCAGCCAGAACUGGUUGGCAAUGUCCCAUGCCGCAGCAUCGCAAUCCAUGCCCAUUGUUACCGCUUACGACACAUUAGGGGAGGAGGGCCUGAGACACUCCAUGGUUGCGACUGGUGCGAAAGCCAUUUUCCUGGACCCUCACCUGUUGCCCACCCUGGGCAACGUGCUCAAGGAUGCUACCGAGGUGCGCUAUGUGAUUUGGAACAGCCAGAACCAAGUUAAGGACGAUCACAUCAAUGCUCUGAAGAGCAACUUCCCUCACAUUACGGUCACCAGCUUCAAGGAUCUGGAGAAGCUUGGCAAGGAGAACCCCUCGGAUCCUGUGCCUCCUGCUCCCGAGGAUCUCUGCUGUAUUAUGUACACAUCCGGCUCCACCGGCACCCCCAAGGGUGUCCCGUUGAAGCACAGCAACGUGAUUGCCGCAGUUGCCGGUGUCAGUGUUGUUGUGCAGCCGUACAUUGGGCCUGGCGACGGUCUCUUGACCUACCUCCCCCUGGCCCAUAUUUUGGAAUUUGUUUUUGAAAACGCCUCGCUCUACUGGGGAACAACCAUGGGAUACGGUAAUCCCAAGACGCUAUCUGAUCAGUCUGUUCGCAACUGUGCUGGUGAUAUCCGAGAGUUCAAGCCGUCAGUCUUGGUUGGCGUACCGGCAGUAUGGGAGAACGUCAAGAAGGGUAUCAGCGCCAAGGUAGCUGCAGGGUCUUCCAUCGUCCAGAACAUGUUUUGGGGAGCCCUCUGGGCCAAGCAGGCACUCUUGUCGGCCGGUCUCCCCGGUUCCGGAGUCCUCGAUGCAAUCGUGUUCAAGAAGAUCAAGGAAGCUACGGGUGGAAGGCUGAAGCUGUGCAUGAACGGCGGCGGUCCCAUCGCCAAGGACACGCAGAAGUUCAUUUCCAUGGCUAUUGCCCCCAUGAUCAGUGGCUACGGUCUCACAGAGACGACCGCCAUGGGCUGCCUGAUGAAUCCUAUGGAGUGGACCUCAGAAUCGCUGGGUGCCAUGCCUGCCAGUAUUGAUGUCAAGCUCGUCGAUUUCCCCGAUGCUGGCUACUACGCCACCAACAAGCCCAACCCGCAGGGUGAGGUUUGGAUCCGUGGCCCGUCUGUACUGGACGAGUACUACAAGAACGAGAAGGAGACCGCUGAGGCCAUUGCACCAGGCGGCUGGUUCAAGACUGGCGACAUUGGCGAGUGGGACCAGUAUGGGCACCUGAAGCUCAUCGACCGCAAGAAGAACCUGGUUAAGACAUUGAACGGAGAGUACAUUGCACUCGAGAAGCUCGAGUCCAUCUACCGAUCGGCGGCUGUGGUAGCAAACAUCUGCGUGUACGCUGACGCCUCCAAGAACAAGCCGAUUGCCAUCAUUGUCCCUGCAGAGGCUGCUCUCAAGAAGAUCGCUUCGUCCGCCGGCGUGCAAGAGGGCAGUCUUGAGGAGAUGGUCCACAACAAGAAGCUUCAGAGCGCUGUGCUCAAGGAGCUCCAGAACACCGGUCGUCAGGGAGGUCUGUCAGGAAUCGAGAUCAUUGACGGUGUGGUGCUGUCCGACGAGGAGUGGACGCCGCAGAACAGUCUCGUGACUGCUGCCCAGAAGCUGAACCGCAAGGGUAUAUUGAACAAGUACAAGAAGGAGGUCGACGAGGCUUAUGGCUCGUCUUAG